GGGUUGGGACCCAAGAGGAAGCGCCUGGUCCCGCACUUCCCAGACGCGCGUGAGGGACAGGCCGCCUCUGUCCCGUGUUCCAGUCCUAGGUGCACAGCGCUCUAUUAGGCGCGCAGACCAGUCCCCGCCGCCCUCCCCGCGGCCUCGGCCUCUCAGGCCCCGGACCCCGCGUCCCUGAGCCCCGGCGGAUGUCCUGAGUCGCCACCCGCCCGCUCCGAGCCCCAGGGCCAAGGCUGCUGGGGAAGUCGGGGCGCGCACGCCGGGUAUGCGCCGUCAGCAUGGGCUCGUGGCUCGGCGAGGUACAGUGGCUCAUCCUGGUGUCGCUCUUCGUCGCGGCCCUGGGCACGGUGGGCCUGUACUUGGCGCAAUGGGCGCUGGCCAGGGCGCGACCCCCGCCCCGGCGGCGGGUGGAGCCGGACGAGCGAAGGCGCCGGGAGUCAGACACGCUCCUGUCCUGGAUACUGACACUGGAUAGCUGGGGGAGCCAGUGGCAAACGGCCUGGGUGACCGCCCUGAACUACGAGGCCGAAAGGAGAGGGGGCCCACUGCAUCUCUCUUUCCAGCAGAAGCCACAGCCACAGUCCUUGCAGCUAACAGUUGGAGAUGUCUCUAGUGUGGUCAAGUCGGCCCAGGAGAAGGUGGUGAUCUGUCAUGUGGUGGGUGAGACCCUUCAGUUCUUGGUCAGUGCAGGGCCUGCCUCCACAACCAGUUCAGAAUGCCAGCUGUAUGACGUCCGGCUUUCACCAUUUCAUUUAAAGAUGGAAUUUCACAUGGAAGAGAAGAGAGAGGACAUUCAGAUCAGGUGGUCGUUCACCCAUACACCAGAAACAGCCAUCAAGAUCCAGCCCCAGGCCCCAGGGGAGAAACAGGCACUCGAGGUAAACAUGCUUUCUGAAGCCCUUGAGGAUCUUUUCAAGCACCUAGUUAGUGCUGCUUCUCCAUCUGUGUUUCUGAGCACCAAGCCCACACGGGUCAAAGAAGCUCAGACUCUACAGUGCACUUCCUCCACUGCUCAGGAACCCUGCCCUCCCAAACCUCCAAGGGCUCAUGAACUAAAACUGCAGGUGAAGAAUAUCCGAGUCUCCCUGCUAACCCACCCUGGUGCUUCAGGUAGCAUUAGCCAUGUGUGUGUGGCCCAGCUGAAUGAUCCUGCACAGCAGUUCAUCAGCACCCUAGUAAGAAACACUACAGACCUCACUUGGGAAGAGGAAUUCACCUUUGAACUGAACGCCAAAUCUAAGGAGCUGCUCCUGCAGAUCUCAGAGAAUGAGUGCUCUUCAGAAGGUCUACUGGGGACAGCAACCGUUCACCUGGACUUAUUUAGGAAGCAGCCUAAUGGCCCACAGACCUUCCGACUAGUCAGCGGGACAGAGCCUCACAGCUUGGUGUUAGGCUCAGUCACUGCAGAGUUUUCUUACGUAGAACCUGGAGAGCCAAAGUCCUGGCCCACUCCUCCCCCUGUUCCUGCUGCAAAGAUAGAAAAGGACCGUACAGUGAUGCCAUGUGGGACUGUGGUCACCACAGUCACUGCUGUGAAGACCAAGCCUCGCUUUGACACUGGGAGGGCGUCCCCAGUGAGCUCAGAGUCCCCUGUGAGGACACCCAUCAAGGUGAAGGUCAUUGAGAAGGACAUUUCUGUCCAGGCCAUUUCGUGCCACGGCGCCCCCGUCAGCAAGACAUUCUCCUCUUCAGACACAGAACUACUGGUGCUGAAUGGCUCAGAUCCUGUGGCUGAAGUUGCCAUUCGGCAGCUCAGUGAAUCCUCAAAGCUGAAGCUGAAGUCCCCACGGAAGAAAAGCACCAUCAUCAUUUCAGGGAUCUCCAAGACCUCACUGUCUCAGGACCACAACGCUGCCCUCAUGCUAGACUAUGCAGCUUCUAUGGACAGCACCAACCAGGGGGAUGCCCCAUCCACUCUGUGCCCUCCAGAGGCAGCUGCAGCCUCUGCCACCACCCCACCUGAAGAAGAUGAGCCAGCCCAGGCCCUAUCUGCCCUCAAGCCUAGUGAGAAUGAUCUAGACUCCUGGGACCUGGAGAAAGAAUCCCCGGGAGCAUUGUGGAGCAGUCCAGCCUUACAGGAACCUGAUGGGGAUGAACUGUCUGAGAGCUCCCUGAGUGCGUCGGAGCUGGGAGCCAUCAAGAAGCAUAAAGAAGGAAUUCUAAGGAAAAGUGCCAAGCUCUUCUUCCGCCGGCGACACCAGCAGAAAGACCCAGGCAUGAGCCAGUCCCAUAAUGACCUGGUAUUCCUGCAGCAGCCAGAGGGGAGGCAGAAGAAGGGGGCAACCCUCAGCCGGCUCCUGAACAAGAAGUUGCUUACCAGGCACAGAGGCAAACACACCGUGAACGGAGCACCCAGAGAACCUUGCGCAUAGCCUGAGUCACCUCCUGUCCUCAAAGCUGGAGGAUGGGACCACAAAGGCCUCCACCAGAACAGCAGAACCAGUGCCAUCAGAUGCGUGCAUGUCUAGCUUGGUUUUUUUUUCCCCAAUAAUCUUGUUUUUUAAAGGGGAAAAAACAAUCUGCCUGUUUGGCCAGGAAGCUUCCCCAAAGACAACUGAUGAUGCAGUCCAGUUUGCCACCAGAUACUCAGUGGGAACACCUGGCUCCAGCUGUCACCAUGCCAUCUAAGUGUUGAGGUGGAAUAUAAGACAGAUACUUGCAUCAGUAAAGUCAUGUGUGCUCUGAUAGAUUAUGGGUAGUAUGCAGGAGGGAUCCCGGUCUACCUACUUCUUCCUCUCUCCUUCAGGGACUAUUGGGGUUCAUGUUUGGACCAUGGCAUAAGGGAGAGGUAUCUCUGUGGGCUGUUGCUAUGAGCAGGAUGUACCACCUCACAUGUCUUGCUGUUUAGAAUUAAAUAGUGCAUCUGGCCUUGGGGACAGGGGUAUGGAUAUAGGCAGGACUUUUGAGCCAUGAAGAAAUUAUAAUAGGAAAAAGAUGUACUUUGACAAGUGUGAGAAGGUGUUCACCUUUGAUAUCAGCCAUAGAAGUUAAAAACUUAUGCAAACACUAAAUGUGUCCUAUGCAGAUUAUGCCAGACACUUCAGAUUUGCUUGAGCUUUCUUGCAAGUAGAGGUGCAGAAAUUCAGAUACAGUUUUUUUGUUUGUUUCUUUGACUGAUUGAUUGAUUGUUUCUCGUGCCAAGGGCUCUGUUUUUUCCCAUGGCACAGGCAGCACACUAAGCUCAAAUAUGCUGAGGCUGACAUCAGGAGCAAUGAGUGACAGCUUGUAGGACAUAACCACACAUAUAUGGUUCUUGCCAAAUAUAGCCAACAGCCAAAACAAAGAACUUUUAGGGAAACUGAGGUAAUUAUUCUGUAUCUUGGGUGCCAAUUGGUCUUAGGCAUAGAAGUUUCAUAACAAUGGGCCAAACUUGCAGGAAUUCUUUUUAUGGGGUCUUCAGAAUUCUACUGUGAACAGGGACUUCUGGCCAUAUUUUAGAGUAUCCUGGUUUUGGUUUACUGUGGGAAAAUUAUGAAGUUGGCACCUGGGUUCAAUAUCCCCAUGUAUCCAUAAGGUGCUUUCCUCAUCUGUGUGCCUGGCACUGUAGAUUCACAAGGUCUCACAGCUCUCCAUAGUCACUAUCCUUGGGAGGAGGUGUUUUGACGUGUCAGUAAGAUCCUUUUCUUCCCAUGGAAGAAAACAAUGGAAAGGCUAACAGGAAGACCUGAGUUCUGUCACUGAUACAAAGUCAGGAAGCUCCUUCUGGCCUCUUUUGUUCAUUAGAAACAUCAGGGGCAAAGUCACUGUUGUUGACCAAAAAUGUCUAUGAAAGCCAAAAUUAUAGUAAUAUGUUUUAUUUUUUUCCUGUUUUAGCAAGAGAUUGGAAAACCACAUUAGUAAUCCUUUUUUCUUUCUUUCUGUUCGUUUACUCCAUUCUGGGAAUUAAACCUGUGGCUUUGUACAUGCUGGACAAGCCCUUAUCCAGUGAACUAUUUCCCUGGCCCUCUUUUCACUUAUUAUUAUUGAGUUGGGUCUCACUAAGUUGUUGACUGGGCUGCCCUGUAAUUUAUUCUGUAGCCCAAUCAUACCUUGAAACUCUGAUUCUCCUGCCUUCAUCUCUCAAAUAGCUGGGGGUGCAGGCCUGAGCCACUGGGCCCAGUGAAUUUUACUUCCAAAUAAACAUAGGAUAAAAAAGAAUUUGAAAAUUCAUGAUGGGUGUGGUGGUGCAGGCCUGUGAUUCCAACACUUAGAAGGUGGAGAGAGGAGGCUGUUAGCUUCCAAGCCAGCCUGGGUUACAUGAGACCCCUUCUCAAAACAAACAACAAAAAUACAAGUAAAAAACCUGGAAGAAUCUCAGGUAGUUUUCAGGUGACGUUGAAGAGACAUUUUGGCAUACUUGGUCUUUAAAGAUCACCUCAUGUUAAAUCACUGCAAAGUUCCAGAACGGAUCCAUCAAUACCAAAUUGGUUCCCAAAGCCAGUAAUCGCCACUACUCUUUUUGGGAAUGGAUGUGAUUUAAAUGCUGUGCUUUAUUGAAGUAUUGUUAUUCUAUACAGUGUACAGAAUUGUGACACAUAGCUGCUUUCAAUUCCCAGAGACUCUGGUGUGCCAGAGAUUCUGAUUCUGAUGCUGUAUUUUUAGUGUGGGGCAGUAGCCCUCAUCUAACAUGCGUGGGGCCAGAAGUGUUUCAGACUUCUUUUGGAUCUGGGGACAUCUUGAUAAGUCUUUCCCAUUUGAGCAUCCUUGAAUCCCAAAUAUAAACUUUUUUUCAGAAAUACGAAACUCUUUGGACACUAUGGUACAUGCAGAGUUUUGGGCUUUAGACUUUUGGGUUAGGGAUGCUCAGCUUAUGCAGGUUUGUUGGUUUGAUUGGUUUUGACAUUUAGGUUCAGUUUAUUCAAGUGUGAAGGCAUCAGAAUUUUAGGUUAUACUUCCUCUCUCUCAGCAACGACAAGAGAAAAGAACAAAUGGUUUUUAGCCAUCCUAGCCUCCAAAUGACCCUGUGAGCAUCCUGUUCCUGGCUUCCCAUCCACAUCUAAGACCUGUCCUCUAGGGUCUCCAUUGAGCAUCCUUUGCCAAUUGAGAACUCCAUCACAACAGAGGAUCAGAGAUGGGGGACACAAACAGCUGGCCUUGGGGCCUUCCUCAUACAGUGAAGUCUCUUCCCCAAGCAGUUUGUCCACUUCUGUUUCUUCACUAAGAUUAUACACCAGGUGCCAACAGCACGCACGUGUAAGUCACCUCUGUCACACUAUCUCCACUGCUUUCUUUUGUGUCUUCAGAUUCUGUCUUGAAAUUUUGGCAGAGUGCUAGUUUUAAAGCAAUUUCUCAUGAACACUAAUCCAGGUGUCUGUGAAUCUAGAAGCAGAUUUCAGGUUGGCUGGAGUGAGCUGGCCACAUUUCCCCUCUCCUUCAUGAAGGGACAAAAUAGAGCUGUUUGUAUGUGAUGUUGGUGAGUGUAACAGAACUAGGACUCUCUCGCUCUGAUUGAAAAUCUACUAUAAGCAAGAGGAUUUAGACAAAGCACUUUAUUUUAAAUUUUAGCUUAAGUUCAAAACCAGUCCUGCUUCCUGGCUGUGGAAGGAAGUAGGCCAUUUACUGUUGACCAGUUCCAAAUCAGAUUUUUGCUUGGGUUUUCCCUGGCCACAUUUACAGAAGAGUUUUAAUUUUUCUUCUCAAGCAGAAAGGGAAAGGUUAAUUUACAUUGCUGCCAACCAAAGUGAUGUUUUUUGGUUAAUAAGCUCAGGGCUGUCAAUCUUGAACUUUCAAAGUACAAGUUGAUAGAUGGUAGAAGGUAAAGUGUGUCUCUGUCACACAGAAACAGGUGUGGUACUGACUCUGAUGACAGGCACUGUCCCCACUAUCUCAACAGGCCAACACCUGAGGACCAAAGCAUCUGCAUGGUGACAAAGACACUGUUCAAACCAGCAGUGCAAGCUCCUGUCACCUCUGGCUCUCUGUGUAAAAUGUCCCUGUUCUGUGUAUAAAUAAGUAUAGGAAUCACCAAGCUGCCUGGUUCACUUUGCUGAUGGUGGAGUGGAGAUGUGAUUAUCCCAUGGGCUGUAGGCUGUGGUUUUUUGCCCAUUGUCAUGUCGAACCUCUACUGCAAAGAGAAUAAAAGUGAAGUCUUCCCAGGCAUGUGGUGAGCCUGAUGCUGGUGUGUGGCAACUGGCAUCUGUGAUAAUGAUUGUAUUUGUUGCAGCACUUUAGACGUGGCUGUCAUCCUGCACCACCCUAGGCAGGGAGACAUGGCUGCAACUUUACUGACCUCUCAAGAAAUAAAUGUGCUCAUGGAAAACGUU